CCAGGUCCUGCCGCCAGCGCGCCGACACAGUGCUUCUUUUGUAAUUAAUUGCCCAGGAUAGCCCGCCCCCGGCGCGCCCAACCGUUCGCCAUGGACCCGUCCAGACAAAGCCGGCGGAUCAGAAGGGACGCUGGCACGCCCGAUGCCGCUCAAACGGCAGCCAGGAACCAGCAGCGAGACGACCGCAGCGCCUACACCAUCCGCGCCGUCACUCCCGAGUCGAGCAUCCCGGAGGAUGCUAUCGCCCAUCCAAACUUCACCUCCCCGCCCAUCUCGCCGCGCUCCAACAGCACCACGUCCCGCAGCAGCAACCCUCGCAACUUCGUAGCCCGUGCCAAUUCGAACGAGACCGACUACUCCCUCAGAAACGCCAGAGAACCGCACACUAGGCCGCGAACACGGACGCUAGAAGAGCGGUCGACGAGAGACAAGUCCCCGCCGAGCCUAUUCGUGACCAGUCGUCAUCGCAUUGGUUCGGUGCACAGCACUGCCUCCGCUACCUUUCAGAGCUUGGAGGAGUCGGUCGUCACUUCUAUAGGCCAUCCGUCGACCAUUUCUCCUGCCUCGCAACCGCCGCCGCGCACCUCGAGCUCGAGUCGGGGCCGUCUCGUCAAGCAGCCCCAGCGGACCGCCUCCCCCGUCGCAACCACCGUCUCGCCCAAUGCGCAGCCGGAUUCGUGGGUGUCGCCUGUCCCCGCGUCGGAUGCCAGGAAGGUGCUGAAGCUCAUGCGCGCCACGUGCGGGAAGAUGCAAGGCAUGUUGGCCUUCCGGCGGGGCGAGACCAGCCCAUGGUCCUUGUCAUAUUGCUACAUCAACGAAGAGGCUGGGAGUCUGGUGUAUGAGCCGAAGAGCGAUAAUUCCUACCACAGGACCCUGGUUCCGGACCUCCGAGGCUGCCGGGUGAAGAGCGCAUACGACGCCGAGGCCUACACUGCUUAUAUCCAUGUUGUCGGACACAAUUCGAAGUUGGAAGUUUAUCUGCGGCCGCCCACACAGGAAGAGUUCGACUCUUGGUUUGCGGCCUUGCUAUGCUGGCAACCUAUCCGACCCAAGGGCAUUCACAACAAAAUGGCCAAGCCGCAAACGCCCGUGGUUGCAGAGCGCCGACUCGCAGACAGCAGGAGGCAUUCCGAAGUGUCGCUGCUGAAAGAGGCGCCAAUCAUCAAGGUCGGCAAGAUGAUCUACUGGGACACUAGCGUGACGUACAGCAACACUGGCACGCCGAAGUCCGCCGGCUCCAGGCCGCAAGCGUACCGCGUGCAGAGCCACGGCUCCCGGCGGUGGAGGCGAGUCUCGUGCACCCUGCGAGAAAACGGUGAGCUCAAGCUCUACUCUGAUACCGACGUCACACUGGUCUCCGUCGUGCAAUUGUCUCAGCUUUCGCGUUGCGCCGUGCAGCGAUUAGACCCGUCCGUUCUGGAUAACGAGUUUUGCAUAGCCAUAUAUCCCCAGUACACCUCCACAUCUACCUCUCUAUCGUUAUUACGCCCCAUCUUUCUAUCGCUGGAGUCACGAGUCUUGUAUGAAGUUUGGAUAGUGCUUCUGCGGGCCUUCACCAUUCCGCAGCUCUAUGGGCCGAAGCAGCCCAUGUUGAACGAGGAGGGCGCCCUGUCGCCAUCAUUUGGGACGCAAGAUAUGUUCCGCAUGGAACGGUCGCUUUUUGUCCGGGUCAUUGAGGCGAGGCUGAUGCCACCAAUAAGUCCCAAGGUUGCCGAGAACACACCGUCUGCGAGGCCUUCCUCGUCCGCCACAUCCAAUUCUGGAGGCUACUAUGUCGAGGUAUUACUAGACGGAGAAACAAGAGCGCGGACUAUGGCCAAGAACGAAGGAAACACUCCGUUCUGGAGAGAAGAUUUCGAUUUCCUAGAUCUCCCUGCCGUCCUCUCGACCGCUUCGCUCCUGCUCAAGAAGCGGCCGCCAUCUCACUCGCGGAAUGAUAAAAGCGUUCACGAAGCUCAGAUCAGCGCAGAUUCCUGGAAUUCCGAAGGCGCUGGCGGCUAUACCGGCAUAUCCUUCGACCAGACCUGCGGCAAAAUCGAUAUCUACCUAGACGACCUCGGCCCGAAUCAUGAAACGGAAAAGUGGUGGCCGCUCGUCAAUAUGUACGGCAAUAGCGUCGGCGAGGUGCUCGUCAAGGUCAGCACAGAAGAGUGCGUAAUCCUCAUGGCCCGCGACUACCAGCCUAUGUCGGAGCUUCUGCACCGAUUCGCCAACGGCUUGACAUUGCAGUUAGCGCAGAUGAUACCGAAUGAGCUGAAGAGACUGUCAGAGUACCUUCUCAACAUAUUUCAAGUGUCUGGCCAGGCUGGCGAGUGGAUCAUGGCGCUCGUUGAAGAGGAGAUUGAUGGGACUCUGAAGGAAACACCAGCGAGCCGGUUACGCUUCAGCAAAAGGCUUGGCUCGAGCGACUCCAAUGAGACCCAGUUCGGCUCUGCAAGCGAUCGAGAACUGUUCGUUAGAGAUAUGAACAACAACGCGAAGCUGGAAGCAAAUCUUCUGUUCCGCGGAAACACGCUCUUAACCAAGUCCCUCGAUUUUCAUAUGAAGCGGUUGGGCAAGGAAUACCUCGAAGAGACCUUGAGCGACAAGCUCCGAGAGAUUAAUGAUAAGGACCCUGAAUGUGAGGUUGAUCCUAACAGGGUUUCAUCCCAACACGAGCUGGACCGGAAUUGGAGGCGUCUGAUCAACUUGACGGAGGAUCUUUGGCGAGCAAUCUACAAUUCAAUAUCUCGGUGCCCGCAAGAGCUUAGGAUUAUCUUCAGGCAUAUUCGAGCCUGCGCUGAGGAUCGCUUUGGCGACUUCUUGAGAACGGUCAAAUAUAGCAGCGUCUCCGGGUUCCUGUUCCUGCGGUUCUUCGUUCCGGCUGUGCUCAAUCCGAAGCUGUUCGGCCUCUUAAAGGAGCAUCCCAGACCUAGAGCUAGAAGAGCCUUAACCCUCAUAGCGAAAUCUCUGCAAGGUCUCGCAAACAUGUCCUCCUUCGGCACAAAAGAAGCCUGGAUGGAACCAAUGAACGUAUUCUUGAACUCUCAUCGCCAGGAAUUCAAGACGUACCUAGACAACAUCUGUUCGAUAUCCUCGGCGACCGCGCCCGCACCGCCUAUCCCUCCGUCCUAUAGUACACCUCUUGCCAUUCUCCAGCGACUGCCUCCCACAUCUCGCGAGGGAUUCCCGUCGCUUCCUUACCUCAUAGAUCACGCGCGCAACUUCGCGGCGUUAGUCGACCUCUGGCUUACGAAUACAAGGAACAGCGCGCACAACAUACAAGCCUCCGAUGGCGAUUUGUUACGAUUCCACCAUAUUUGCGUCGCUCUCCACGAACGUACCAACGACUGUCUAAACCGUGCUGAACGCGCUGAACGACCUUCCUCUUCCCUCAGCGUGAAAUGGGAGGAACUUGUGGAACAGCUACAGGGCUCCGCAAGCUUCGAAACUGGCAGGGGCGCCGCAACAAAGAAUAGGGGAACAAUCAAGGAGGAAGGGGGAGAGAGCAUGCCAACGUCACCCGGAACAGGCGAUGAGCAUUCGUCUUCUUCGACGAGCACGCCUAUUACGAUGAAACCCGUGAGACCACCAAAGACACGGCAUCAGCAAACUUCAAGCAUUUCGGCAUCUGCGAGCUCCCUAACGAGCAACACCUCCAACACAGUGUUGCUCUCCAAUCCGUUUGGCCCAAAGAUUGCUCGAAGCACAGGCUACGCACCCUCAUUGACUGCGUCGGUAUCAGAGCCAGCUUCUGCGAGCGCAUCAGCCUCCGCGUCAGCGGCAGAAGAAACGCCGCCCGGCUCCAGCGACGGACUACACAUCGCCCCUCCUCCCUCUUAUCCUCCAACUCACACACAUCCGUCUGCCUCUCAAGGGUCCUUCACCUACGCAAACCCAAACACGCACAUCAAUACAUCCAGCCUAAUGAGCUCAGGCGCCUUCUCCCGCCCACCGCGCAGCGCAGGAGGUCAAAGCAUGGAAGGCUCCGACGGCGGCAGUAUGCAAGAGGAAGAAUACACCACAGCACUCCCGGCUUUCUCCAAAGACGCAUCCAAUAAAGAGCGCAAAGAGCGCAGCUUCCGCAUACCGUUCCAGAGGAGACGCAAGGAUAAAGAGAAGGAGAAGGGUAAAGAUCGCGAACGGGAUCGCAGCGCCGAGCGAAGCGAAAGCGGCGGCAGAGGCGGAGGCAGCGCGAUGGGAGAGUACGGCAGCUCGAGGGCUAGAACGGGUGCCGAGGGCGCUGAGUUCUGACUAGAUGGUUGGUUUACCGGGCGGUAUUCGACUAAGGGUGAGAGCGUGAAAUCUCUCACGAAGAACGAAAUCAGGCGCCGC